GCAAGCUCCAAUCCAACCCAAGCUUCCUGCUCCUCACCUCUUUCCAUUUCCCACUUUCGCAAAACAAACUUAACCACACAUCGCUUCAUUGCAUCCGCUUGGUCUUCACACUGGGCAGGCAAAGUAGAAGCAAAAGGGUCCUUUGAAAUACUCCUGUAUUGCCGUGGCCCAAGCUGGUGCAUUCUGUUUGCGAACUUAGCUUGCAAAAAAGAAGCCGACAGGGUGACCUGCCGUCCUUGUCAACACAGAAACCAUUUCUGGGAUCGUAAUUUAGUGAGCUUUCCAUUGAUUGGAAGGCAGCAUAAACAACCAUCACGAUUCGCAAAUCCCCAGGAGGAAUCACUAUCGACAACCACCCACCACCACCUACUCACAAUUGCUCACUCCCACUACCUAUAACAAACCUAUUGUCUCGAGCCUAUCCCACAUUACAUUGUCGUUCCUGACAUUUCGCCUUAUUCGCCCGCCAUGGCCUACACGGAUGAUGCCGUGCUCUCGAAGCUCUCGGCCCUUAACGAGACCCACGAAAGCAUCGCGACCACAGCUCAAUGGAUCAUGUUCCAUCGGCGACAUGUAUCACAAACGGUCCACCUGUGGCUCAACAAAUUGAAAGACCUCCCGAGCUCUAAGAGGCUCAACAUGAUUUAUUUGGCCAACGAAGUUGUACAACAGUCCAAGGCUCGCCAUAAGGAGGAUUUUCUCAAUGCGUUCUCCCCGUUCAUUGCCGAUGCCACCUCGGUCACUUACAAGGGAGCUCCAGUCGAUGUCCAGGGAAAGUUGAGGAGAGUCAUGGACGUAUGGAGGGAGCGCAGUAUUUUCGACAAGGAAGUCAUGCAGGACCUGGAGCACAGAUUAACGGAGAUCGAUAAGGCACGCCCCGCGGCUAAUGCCGGCGGUUUCGGAGGCAACGCGUUCAGCUCCUCUGGGCCUUCCAUCCCUCCAGAGCUCAUCCCACUAGUUGCGCCGCAGCAGGCUACCGCCAAAGCCGCCCAGCCUAUGAAGAACUCGCUCAGCGCCGCCAAUGCCGAUUAUGAAAAGCUGUCCGACGCGACGACCACCACCGCGGCCCUCCCAGUCCAAGCUGCACGGCUUAGUGGACUUCUCAAGACCCUCGCCAAUGCCGAGGGAGCAGUCACCCAGUGUAUUCGGGCGCGAAAGGACUUGAUCAAGGAGCUAGAGGGGAUUCUUGCGAUCAACCGUGAAGCCCUGGAUGCCGAUGAAAAGCAGAUGAUGGAGCUGAGUGGCCGCCGGACCGAGGUUGAGCAGAAGAGACAGGCUGUGGAGAUGGCGAUUAUUGGUAGCCUUUCAACUGGGGAGGAGCAAUCGCCACAAGGCCACGGCUCGGCGAGCCCUGUCCCAGAACCCGACCGCCCACAGGUAGAGGCACUCACGCCCCCCCACGUGCAAGACCAUCUCGAUGACGUUUAUGGGGCAUCAUCUACGGAUCACGGGGCUCAAAACGGUCAUCCGCAGCCUGUGCCUUUUCACGGCCCACCCGCCUCUGCCAACGCCCAACCUAGCUUCUCGAGUGCAGCUCCAGACCUCGAGAUGCUCUCAAACCUGGCGUCUCAAUACCAGGCUGUGCCGCUUGGCGGAAACAAGAAGCGGAAGAUCGAAACCUCGGACGAAUUCCCCGAUCUAGGCGGUGAUGAUGGGAUCGAUGCGGACGUAAAGGAGAUGCUGAGGAAGGAUAGUCAGGGGUAGGACUUUGAUUGAAGCCAGCAUUGUUUCCUGCAUCAGUCCGUUUCAUCGGCGACAUUCUGGAGUUUGGGUUGGGAAGCUGCUAUUGUUGUUUGGCUUUGUGCCUUUUGUGUGCAAUUCACAUUUCUUUUUUCAGGUUGCGUGUUGGGUGGGCAUUGUAAUCGCAGUGUACAGAUCUGUACAUCCUACCUUGGCCUUGUUCAGGGGGUUCAAGGGAGAGGGGGGUGGAGGUUGUGAAGUUUAUGUUACGAACGAGCUCUAUUCAGCGCAACCUUUUGAGGACUAUGCAUUGCAUUGUACUGUCC